AUGGAGGACCAUGAGAUGGCCCUGUUAAACGAGCCGGACGUGGUCACCAGAAGGGGCAACAGCGCCAAUAGGGACACAACGCCAGACCUGUCGUGGCUAUCGGGGGGACUAGAUGCGGCCUGGAGAAACGAAGACGUGGACCUGGGCUCUGACCACAGCGUGAUCGGCAUCAUCAUCAAGGGACCCCAAUACCGUGCUGUGUUGGGGACGGCACGUGUAACGGACUGGGACAAGAUGCGGAAGGACACGCAAGAAGCAGAAGAGGCUUCGGAGAACGAUGUGGAAGCCGACAGAAAGCAAACGUACGCCGAAUGGGCGAGGGAUCAGAAAAAGGCCCUCGAGAAGUUUACGCAAGAAAUAACGACGACGGCGCAGACACCUUUCGUGGAUGCCAGACUGGCACACAUGUGGGCGGCCCGGCACUCGCUAACGCGGAGGUGGAAGCGCCAACGUCACAACAAGAAGCUGGUCAAACGUAUCGCGGUCCUCAACAAACAGAUCACCGAGUACGCGGCCAAGCUAUGCCGAGAGACCUGGCUGAGCACUUGCGACGGCUUGCAGGGCAAGCUAUCGGCACGGAAGACGUGGUGCCUACUGAGGCACCUAAUCGACCCGCUGAGCAGCAAGACCGCAACCAACCGCAACCUCACCAAGGUCAUCAACACGUACAAGGGGGAUGGCCGAAGGCUACUGGAAGAACUGAAGACAAAAUACCUCAAGACUGAGCGGGGCCAAUUCCCGACGCCUGAGAGGUACGAAGGUCCUGAAAACGAAGAGCUGGACAGACCGUUCACCAUGACGGAACUCUGGUCGGCCAUUGAUGAAAGCAAUAGCAAGAGCGCCCCCGGCAGGGACGCGAUCACGUAUAAGUUGCUCAGAAACAUGAGCGAAGCGGUGGCCCGCGGCCUCUUGGGGCACAUCAAUGAAACCUGGGAGAGCUCGCGGCUGCCGGAAGAAUGGAAAGAGGCUGAGGUUCGAUUCAUCCCGAAACCCGGCAAAGCGCUGACGAUCGACAACAUGCGGCCCAUCUCCCUCACGUCGUGCGUGGGGAAGGUGAUGGAACGUAUGGUUCUUCGCAGACUUCAAAAACACCUGGAAGAAACGAACCAAAUGCCCGCAACCAUGUAUGGGUUCAGACAACACCUAGGCACCCAGGACGUCCUUAUCCAACUACAAGAACUUGUCGUCAAGAAGGCAACGAGGAACGCGCCGCGGGGGAUACUCGCCCUAGACCUAAAAGGGGCCUUCGACAACGUGUCUCACGCGAGCGUGCUCCAAAAUCUAAACAAGACGGGAUGUGGUCGGAAAACCUUUGCUUACAUCACGGACUUCUUAACGAGAAGAACAGCGACCAUCAGGAUAGGCGAGGAAAAGUCGGAACCUGUCGAACUCGGCGACAGAGGAACCCCUCAGGGGUCGGUUCUGUCGCCCCUGCUCUUUAAUCUGGCCCUCCUACCCCUACCCAAUCUGCUCCAGCAAAUUGAAGGCGUGGACCACGCGUUCUACGCCGACGAUAUCACGGUGUGGACGAACCGAGCCGGGUCCAAUGCCUGGGUAGAGGAUGCCUUACAGAGGGCGGCAACGACCGUACAUGACUAUGCAAAGACCUGCGGGCUGAGCUGCGCUCCACAGAAAUCAGAGCUGCUCAUGGUCCAGCCGGGAAGACCCAAGAAGGAACCGCCGCCGAACGUGACCAUCACCAUCGACGGCAUGGCCAUCAAACCGACGCAACAGAUCAGAAUCCUCGGUCUGCUGCUGCAAAGCGACGGUCGAGCGUAUGCGGCCGUCACGAAGAUCAAGAACACCUCGGAACAGAUAUUAAGUAUGAUCCGAAGGGUCUCUAAUCGUAACAGAGGCCUAAAGGAAGACGAUGCAAUGCGUUUAGUGAGGGCGUUCGUCGUAUCAAGGGUGACCUACUCUGCCCCGUACCUCCAGCUAACGAAGGCAAACAGGGACACCCUGAACACGAUGCUGCGUAAAGCAACCAAGCAGGCAUUGGGCGUGCCGAUCUACUCGUCCACGCAGAAACUGCUGGACAUGGGCGUUCACAACACGGUGGAGGAGCUGAUUGAGGCUCACUUGUCUAACCAAAGGGUAAGGCUAAGUCAAACAGAGCACGGCCGGGCCGUCCUACGGAAAAUAGGAUGGCAGAUAGAACCACUUCCAACCAAGACGGCCCUUCCCGAGCAAUGGAAAGAGGCCAUUCAAACCAAGCCACUCCCCAGGAACAUGCAACCGGGGAAGGACGACGGGAGACGGUCCGCGCGAGCCAAGUCCCUGGCCCGACAGCUGGAGGAGAACCCUAGAGUACUCUACGCGGACGCCUCGCUCAGAAAAUACGACGACCGAGCAACGGCGGUAGCCACGUCCAUCGACAAGCUUAUUGUCAGCGCGUCGCUGAGGACGACAGACCCAGCCAUUGCCGAAGAAGUGGCUGUGGCCCUCGCACUCGUACAACCGAGCGUGGACUCCGUGGUCACAGAUUCGAAGUCAGCAUACGCAAGCUUCCGCAGGGGGUUGAUCUCUCCCGCUGCCCAGGCCAUUCUCUCCAAGCACAAGCCUCCGGGACGAGCCAUCGAGCUCGUGUGGAUCCCGGCUCACUCGAAGGUGGAAGGCAACGCCCUCGCCGACCACCACGCCCGAGAACUGUCCAUCCGGGCCGAGGACGAGCCGGCUGAGCUACCCCAUCCCGUGACGAGCUUUAAAGACAUCACUAAAAUGUACAGAAACGCGAGGUGCAAACUUCCUGUACCACACCCGCAACUAACCAGGCAGCAGCAAACGAUCCUGCGGCGCACGCAGGCGGGAUCGCUAGCGCAUCCCGUUCUGUUACACCGAAUGUACCCGGCGGAGCACGACACACUCUGCCCUUUCUGCAAAACGGAAAGAGGCACUCUGGCACAUAUCAUAGCUGAAUGUAAAGAGCUCAAGAACCCGCCACCUCCCCUUCCCCCCAACAUCCCCAAUUCUCAACCCCCAGAGCGAUGGGAGACCUUGUUGUCCAGCCCCGCCCUGCCGACUCAGCUCGCACUGACGGCCAGGGGCCAGGAGUUGCUGGAGACAUAUGGGUCCCGUGAAUAG